CGCCUUUUUCUUUUUCGUGUGACUCAUUCAUUCAUCCUCAUUCGCGAGUAGCACGCAGUAUCGAACAGUCGCAAAAUUUAUUUGCUCGACAGCAUCCUUCACUCUUUGCAGUGGAAGAAAGACAAAAUGUCACCCGAAGUGUGUCGCUGAAUAAUUUGUAAUCUGAAAAUGUAAAAUUAACGCCACCGAGCCCAGCUGAUUAAUGUAUCUCACGAGCAAGCGGUGGGACGUAAAGCUGUUCCUAUGGGGCCUAUUUUUGCUGCAGAUUUUCCUAAUAUCGGUCUUCCUGGCGUUCGGUUCCCUGUUGGCCAGCAGUUCCAUCCAGCAGGAUGACCAGACAUCGGCGGCUUUGGGCGCUGGGCUGGCCAACCGAUUGCAGCCGUCCCGAUUCGACGUAAAAUUCGUCAACAAUCAAAGUUCUUCCGAAUUUUCCACGCAAUCGGACGCCAUCGAAGGACGGCCGAAGGUGGGCGUACAUGUCCGACACCCACGGUUUCGACCGCUGCAGCUGAAGACCAUCGCCAAACCGGACGAUUACACCAAAUAUUACAGACAUAUUUAUUAUCACGACGGGUACCGAGAGCACACUCGCCUCUGUUUUAUCGAGGGUACCCACUUCCCAAUCACCACUAAACCCAAAAGGAAAACACCUCCCACGGGGCAAACGCGCCAUUCCGUGGGAUCAAUCACCAAUGAGACUGACUUCGAUGCAGGAGAGUUAGAUGUAGUAGUAGCAGCUGCUGAAGAGACCGAGGAACAAAAUAACGACAUAAGCAAUGACAUUCUUCCGGACGGACGCUGCCGGUGCCGGCCGGAGUGGCAUGGCCCGGACUGCGGCCAGCCGGAAGUGCUCUGGCGAGCAUUCAUAGCUUCCCGUAUCCCACCAAGGAACCAGACGGCGGCACCACGGAAGGUACCGAAGAAUGUGUUCUACAUUAUCGACGCCAACUUUAUAAGCGUGGAGUUGCUGGAGAUCCAGAUCAUGGAACUGCUGGAUGUGGUGAGCUUGUUUAUACUGUGCGAUCGGCAACUACCCGUUGCCGACGGGGUGAAGAGUGAGACCUAUACGAUAGGGCCGCAUGUGAUGAGUACUGAUUUUUUAAAGGUCAACCAGGACAAAAUUCUCCUGCUGGAGGAUCCGACAUGUAGUGGAAAGAACGUCUUUCGGAAGAUGAAGAAAUUCAUCCGGAAAAGUGAUAUGCACGUGGACGAUGUGUUGCUGUACAGCCAAACAGAUGAGAUUUUGAACCGAAGGGCAGUUAACUAUUUCCGGUGGUAUGACAACUGGCCACACCCCGUACGUUUUCGACUGAAGUAUACCGUGUUUGGCUUCUUCUGGCAGCAUCCGGAAAGCACCUUUAUCGGAGGGGCGGCCUGUCAAUUAAGUACUGUGGAUGAAGCUUAUCGAUCCGACCCAGAAGCCAUUCUGAAAAUCGAUAAGCCAGUGAUGUUAAUUGGUGAUCUGAAUCAUUAUGGCGGUUGGUAUUGCCGACAUUGCUACCAACUGAUAGAUAUAGUGAAAUAUUUAGAAUUUAUCACUUUAGUCAAUACAACUAGUAGCGUUAGAACCAACCAAUCAUCAUCUUAUCUCCCUGACCCGAAAAAGGGCACUGUAAUGAAUGUGGAAUAUGUUCAGAAUCUCAUCGCCAGUGGGAAAUACUUCGACGAUAAAACAUCAUUCAACAAGUUGCAGCGCCACGUGGACAAGUACUACGCGCCGGAGUAUGUGCGCAAAAAUAGCUGGCGGUUCGAUAACAUCGUUAUCAAUCUAUUUGCCCGCUGGGAGGACAGCGUCAUCGAUGACGAGUACUUUAGUUAGACGCAGAAACCCAUCUAUCUCGAAUUCAAACUGCAUAAUUCAACAUCAUCAUUACAACAUAAUCAAGACAACAAUCGAUACUCUUCCUAUCAUAAUCAGCCAAAGUUUGGAAAUAGCCAAUUUAGACAUUACAACAGAAAUUAACCAGCCAAAUUAAUCACACAAAAAACUCAUCACACCACACUCUCAUCCAAAAUAUCUCCGUUGACUCACAAAAGCGAGCUUGAUAUGGAAUGCGCGUGUAUAAAUGGGAGAAAUGGUCGUCGAAAUCCAGAACUAUUAAAGGAAACCUAAUCGAAAAAAGGGCUAAUGUAAUACUAGAUAGCUAACCAAAAUCCAAAUUUUGCCUGAACAGGAUCAGAAUGAUUCUCUGGUCUAAUUUAAUGAGUUCAGUACCAAUCGAAAAAAUAAUAUUUUUAGGUGAUCGAAAAUUAUUGGCGCAACAUAUUUUAGCAGCAAUCAGAUAAAAAUCACUAUUUUCAAUUAGAAUAUCUACGUAAAACGACAUGAUAGUGCUUUCCUCGGUGAUAUGAUGGUUACUGGACUGAAGCGAAGUGGGAAAUGAUAAAUACCAAUUAAAGAAAAGCCUAUCCAACAAUAUUGACGGCACCUAAUUAUGUAUACCUGAUAAAUUGUAUAGUUACUAACACAACAUAAUUCGAUUGAAUUCGUGGAAACAAAUUAGGCUAAAUUUCGGAACUGACCAAUUGUUCUACUUAAUUCGAUAUUAUAUUAGUCGUAUGCGCAUUUUGUGAUUCAUUUGCUUCCUUCAUAGUUUUACGUUUUACUUUCAUUGUGAAUAAAUUAUGAUUGUUUGUGUCAUGUUGAUUCUUUCAGGAAAA